AGACCACUGGCGUUCCCCAGGUUCCAAGCACCGACCAAACCAUUCUCGGCGCCGAAAUCGAUUCGCAUGCUCUUGAACUGAUAACACCUUCAACCACGUCGGUCUGCAUCAGCCGGGACCCAGUCUAGUGGGAUUUAGUUGUCAUGUCCUUGGCUCGCAGAAACAAUGGAUGCUACGAAUGCUGCAAGAGGCGCCUCAAAUGCGACAAGACGGAACCAGAAUGUCUCAAGUGCCUGAAGAAGGGAAUUAGCUGCUCUGGCCAGGGUCUUCGCUGUCGGUUCAGUGGUCACAUGGCGCCUGCGAGGUCCCAACCAGCACAAAAGCCCCAGGACGUUGUUUCAACUCCCUCGUCUUUUCAGAUCACGAACUCCGCAGCCGCUCCAAGCUCAAUAUCAACAGCCUCUGCUGGGACUCGAAACAGUUAUCGCUGGGUUGAUGCGGGAGACAGGCUAAGGAGACCUCGUGCUGUAAAUCCCCGCCGCAGGUCUGAAGCUAGCAGCGCGAGUCCGGGAUCUGAGACUUGUUCCAGCACAACCCAUGACGAGCCCGAAAACUCUGGAGAAAUCGUCAUCUAUCGUAACCAUGCGCCUCUCCAACUGGCAUUGGAUGACUCUUUACACCCGCAGGCACGGGCGCUUUUCAGCCACUUCGCCGAAUGUGUCGCUCCGAUUAUGGUUGUUUUUGACUCUAUAAGCAAUGGCUAUCGAGACAUUAUCCUACCUCUCGCACGCCAAGAUGGGGUACUCAGUCGAGCAGUGUCUGUCGUCGCCGCGUUCCAUCUAGCUGAAAAGGCGCCCGAACUCCGCGAUGCGGCCGAGGCUGGUCAUCACGCUAUCGUCGAGAAAUUGCGACGUGAUUCUCAUCUAAAACCAGGCCAGGUGUUUGGGCCAUUCACCUUGGCUACAAUCCUAGUACUCCUGGUCGGAGAAACCAUUACAGGGGCCGACAACUAUGGUUAUCUCCUGGAGAUGCUGGCAUGCUUGACUCAAUGCCCCGAGACUGUGAUGGCAUUGCCACUAGAGCUCCGACAGUUCUUCUGGCAGCAGGUCAAAAUGUUCCAGCUAUUUGGAUUGCCACUUUCAAACGAAGCUAAAGGAGUUCAACUCCUUACUGGGCCGCCAGAUCACUACCUCGAGUUUAUGUCCUAUCCUGGCCUUAUUCCGGGCUCAGAAGAUUACAACAACAUCGAGCUUAUACGAGGUGCUAUCUGGGAUGCCUGCGGUAUUUACCGCCGCCGAGUUGAAUCAUCUCUCUCUCAAGAUGAAUCCAUUCAUCUUGUAGAGCAGCUAAAACAGAAGGUGCUGUGGAUAGAUUCCGACACCAAAGGUGCUCAUGCGCUUGUAUGGACGUAUUUCAUUGCGGCUGCGGAGAGUAUUCUGCCAGAGCACCGGGAGUUUUUCACGCAGCGCUUGAGUGCGCUAUACAAGUAUACUCGGUUCAGGAGUAUCACUGCCGGCUUGAAGGCUUUGGAGACUGUGUGGGCUUUGCAACCAAUCCGGAGAUGGACCGAAAUCAUGACAUCUGACACUCCAAUCCUGAUUAUGUAGGAUAAAGAAGUGUGCUAGUGAAGGGAAUCCGCCUCGCAUGUUUUAUAGUUCUCAUGCGUCGGUUCAUAAAGGGAACAUUGUGUUGCUCAACGAAGUGAAUUGAAGUAAGAUGGCC